AUAAAAAAAUGUAAUAAUUAUUAUUUUCAUUUUUAAAAAAUGAAAAAUGAAAUAGAAUUCUAAAAUUGAAAAUGAUAAAUAAAAUACAAAACAAAUAUAAAUAAAAUACAAAUAAAGAAACAACUUUGUUGACAAUUCUAGAUUUUUGUCUGGUCUAGUCGGAAGAGUCCUCCUGAUAUUCUGGUCUUGUAUCAGUUUUGACAUCUUUGAAUACAAACAGAAAAGAGAGGGUAGGCUCAUUACAUUAAAAAAGAUAUGGGAAUACCCACACCAUAAAUAAAACAUUAAAAAAGAUAUGGGAAUACCCACACCAUAAAUAAAAUAAAUAAUUGAGCGUGAGAGCCAAAUGAAUCGAAAGAUUCAUGUUUGGUUUGGGAAGAGAUCAUGGAAGUUUUGAAAUUAAUGAUAAGAUAAUCUACUUUCAUUAAAUGAUUUAUUAGAUAAUCGAAAACAGAGGAUUUUGAAUACUAUUCGAAAUUCGGAAGAAUUACGUAAAGGGGCCAUUGAGCAGCUCGAAAGAGCCCGGGCUCGCUUACGUAAAGUGGAAAUGGAAGCAUAUGAGUAUCGAAUGAAUGGAUACUCUGAAAUAGAAUGAGAAAAACAAAAUUUGAUUAAUGCCACUAGUAAUAGUUUGGAACAAUUAGAAAAUUACAAAAAUGAAACCCUUCAGUUUGAACAACAAAGAGCGAUUAAUUAGGUCCGACAACGAGUUUUCCAACAAGCCUUACAAGGAGCUCUAGGAACUCUGAAUAGUUGCUUGAAUAGCGAGUUACAUUUCCGUACGAUCCGUGCUAAUAUUGGCAUUCUCAGGGCCAUGCAAGAAAUAACUGAUUAGCCCUUCUUUUUUUAGUUAUAGUUUAGGCAUUAUUUUUUUCUUUUCCUUCCUAAAAAGAAUAAAGAAACACUAAUGGUAACCCUUCGAGCCGACGAAAUUAGUAAUAUUAAUCGUGAGCGUAUUGAACAAUAUAGUAGAGAAAUAAAGAUUGUGAAUACCGGUACCAUACUUCAAGUAGGCAACGGAAUUGCUCGUGUUCAUGGUCUUGAUGAAGUAAUGGCAGGUGAAUUAGUAGAGUUUCAAGAGGGUACAAUAGGCAUUGCUCUGAAUUUGGAAUCAAAUAAUGUUGGCGUUGUAUUAAUGGGUGAUGGUUUGAUGAUACAAGAGGGAAGUUCCGUAAAAGCAACAGGACGAAUUGCUCAGAUACCUGUGAGUGAGGGUUAUUUGGAUCGUGUUAUAAAUGCUCUGGCUAAACCUAUUGAUGGGAGAGGUGAAAUUUCAGCUUCUGAAUCUCGGUUAAUUGAAUCUCCUGCCCCAUGUAUUAUUUCUAGACGUUAUGUAUAUGAGCCUCUUCAAACGGGGCUUAUUGCCAUUGAUUUGAUGAUCCCUAGGACGCGGUCAACAAGAAUUAAUUAUUAG